GAAUACUAUAGCUCGCGGGAGGAACAUAGCUUGUGCACCAUGAGACUAGUGAAAACACACAGACACAGAGCAACAGAAUAGUGGCUUUUUUGAUCCAACACCCACUAAGACAUGGGGAAUGUACUGAGACUGGCAACACCUGAGACUGAGCAAGCAUGCCUAGAAUCAACAAAGAAAGAAGCAGACAAAGACAUUCUAGUUGUGCUACAUGAUUACCCACCUCCUGAUGUCAGCGAGCCUAUAUAUAGGGUUGGAGAGAAGCUGCAGGUGCUUUCUGAAGAAGGGAGUUGGUGGAAAGUUAUUUCAAUAGUUACAGGAAAUGAAAACUACAUUCCGAGUAACCAUGUGACAAAAGUCUACUAUGGCUGGCUCUUUGAGGGAGUAGUACGACUCAAAGCAGAGGAAUUGCUGCAACUUCCCAACAACAGAGUCGGAUCUUUCAUGAUCAGAAACAGCCAGACUGACAGAGGUCAGUACUGCCUGUCAGUCAAGCACAGAGCAGUGAAGCACUAUCUAAUCAACCGCUUACCCAACAACUGGUACUACAUCUCUCCUCGUCUCACUUUCCAGUGCUUGGAAGACCUAGUCAGUCACUAUUCUGAAACUGCUGAUGGCCUCUGCUGUGUCCUUACAAGCCCCUGCCUCUCCCACAACAGCAUCUGCAACCUGAACCUGACCAAUCAGCCUCCACCUGUGCUGAUGAGUCGGAAUCGAUUCACUUGGGACAAUGUGGACAGGUCAGAGUUGACCAAGGAGAAUGCAGUAGGUAACUGGGAGAAUGACAAUUCUCUCCUAAGCUUUGGCUUACGGAACAGCAUUGCCUCUUAUUUGUCCCUGUCAGGAGGUCAAGAAGAUAAGUCAAACAAAAGCAGCCGCAUGAAAAAGAGCAAAUCCAUGUACGGGGUCCCGAGGAGUGCGGAAAACAACGUGAUUCUUACUGAAGAGGAUUACCGUGAAGAGCAAGGUGAACAAUCAUGAAGACCUCAAGGAGCGGACAUGCACAUUGUAUUGAUUCCUGAAACGAAGGACUUCACAUUUACAGCAUAUCUUCUGCAUACAUUAGUGUUAUUCUGACUGUUUUUGGGAAUGUGUGUAUGGCAAACAUAAAUAGUUUCUACUUCUUUAUGGGAAAUUGAGAGACUUUAUUAAAAAAGAAGAAACGUCUUGCUGAACUGCCAUAUCCAAGCGGACUGUGAUUUCUUUAUUCUCAAUGCUAUCAUGAUGCUCAAUUAAUCAUGUGCACCAGUUUGCAUGCACAUAUAUGUAUUCAUGUGUGUAUGGAUGCUUGUUUGAUUGUUUCUAUAACAUUGUCAUAAUGAAACAUACACAGACCUUAUUGUUAUUACAAAGUGUUCCUCCAGAACAAACUAACAGAAUCAACGUGACUUCUGGAUUGUCAAAACAUUUUACUGCAACUCAUUUGUAGCGCAUGUUUAAUUUACUAGGGGCUUGUACAGUACAUAGUCUAUAGUGUGGCUCACCCAGUUAAAGUGCUGCGGCGGGGAGCACAGUUUGCGUCCAGGCUGUGCAAAGAGGCUGAACUUUGCUGGGGCACCCAGAAGGAGACGUCACAUUGGCUCUGACACUCCCGGGGUGGGGGAUGGGUAACCGGUAGGGACUUAUUCUCCUCAUUGCGCACCAGCGAACCCUACUGGCCAGACACUGAGCACAUUCAGAGUGAUAAG